AUGCUCUUCUCUCAAAUCGUGGGCUUGACAUUGCAGUUUCUCCUGCUCGGCUCGUCCACGGCUCAAUCGACAUCUUGUGGCGACCUUUCCGGACAACUGGGUCAAUAUUCAAGCUUGAGUAUUGUCAAUGCCAGCUUGGUCAAUAGCCAGGAAAUUGCCCAAGUCAUCACACAGUCACUGAACAUCAGCGAUGUGCCGACCACAACCCUAACGGGGGUAUGCCGUGUUCAAGCCGAAGUGGCAUAUAAUCUCAACGACACCAUCAGUGUCGAGCUCUGGCUCCCGUCCCCCAAGCAAUGGAAUGGCAGAUACAUCGCCGUCGGGAAUGGUGGACUCGCGGGAACGAUUGACUAUGUGACGAUGUUGGCCCAGCUCGAAGCCGGCUUUGCCGUGGCAGCGGGUGAUUCUGGCCAUACCUACGCAGAGGAUGGACCAGCUGUGGCCUCGCCAGGCUCGUACGUGCCCUUCUUGAACAGCAUCCAACAAACGACGGAGUGGAUUCACAAUUCGAUGGCAACCUUGACGCCUCCCACCCAGCAGCUGACGGCGCUCUACUACGGGAAAUCGCCCUCGUAUAACUACUACUACGGCUGCUCCACAGGCGGCGCGCAGGGAUUUGCACUCGCCCAGUACCACCCCGAGCUGUUUGACGGAAUCUACGCCGGCAGCCCCGGAAACUGGUACAGCCACUUGAUUCUCAGUUUUCUCUGGAAUUACGUCCACGCCCAGGCGCAGAACAGCUCGUUCAUAGACGCGGAAACCCUGAAUCUCAUUACCAAUGCGACGAUACGUCAGUGUGAUGCCAUCGAUGGCGUGCGAGACGGGGUCAUCGAGAACCCGCUCAAGUGCAGCUUCAACAUCACGUCUUUGCAGUGUGGCCACGGUCAGGCGCCGAAGGCCAAAAAUGGGACUGUGCAGUGUGUCACGCCGCAACAGGUCGCCACAUACAACGCUUUCCGCCAGGGUCCCAAAGAACCCGACACCGGCUUGCAAAUCUACCCCGGAUUCGACCUCGGGUCUGAGAGCGGGUGGUUGGCCCAGGAGACGUCGCUGGCCCUGGCCUACGCCAUCCCCAUCUUACAGAAUUUGGUAUUCAAGAAUCUGACGUACGACUACCAAUCGUUCUCCUUCAACAGCACGGACGUGGACCACGUCAACUCCAACGCCUCUCCGUACAUUGACGAAAUUUCCCCAGAUCUGCUGGGCUUUCGCCGGCGUGGGGCCAAGAUGAUCACCACACAGGGCUGGGCCGACCAGUACAACGCGGCGACCUGGCCGAUCGACCACUUGAACCAGAUCAACACGUUCCUCAGCGGCCAGACGGGCGUCACCGGAAACGCCUCCGACUUCUACCGCCUCUUCAUGGUGCCCGGUGCCGGCCACUGUGGUGCUUCCCCUGCCUACCCCAACGUCCCCGCGACCUACCACGUUUUGGACGUCUUGAUGCCCUGGGUAGAAAAGGGGGUUGCGCCUACGGCCAUGCAGAGCUCAAAUCCGCCCAGCAAAGCCAACAUCACGAGGAAACUGUGCCCGUGGCCGCAUACCGCAAAGUUGGUGGGCUCCAACCAGAACGAUUGGACGUCGUACCAAUGUGAAUGA